AGCCCUCCCGCCACUAUGUACGAUCGGGCUCCCCGCGUGCUCAGAUACGCUGACGGCGGCAGCACUGAGGAUCAUGUGGGGCCUGGGUCCUACCAGGUGCCUUUCCUGAAGCAGCGGGCCGCAGGUGGCUAUGCACCAUUCCUUUCUUUGGUUGCCAGAAACACUGUUGCCCCUAACACUGAGGAAGCUAUUCCAGGUCCAGCAUACUAUAAUGUUUCUGAAAAACAGUGUAAUAUAAAAGGAGGUCAUAGUCUACAAAACCGGGAGAAACGUUUUAAGAAGUUUAUUUCCCAUAGUCCAGGACCGGCAAGCUAUGGUCAGUCUUGUCCUGGAACCUUAGAUACCAUGAAGAGAAAAAAAAUUUCAAGGUUACCUUCAGUUUUCAGAAUGAUUGUUCCUUCAAUUCCUUCUUAUGGACGGUCAAAUGGUUAUCAUAUUAAUGAGGAUGGCAGUAUUAAAAAACAUCUUCCACCUGCUAGUGAUAUCACACUAGGUCCAGCAUACUAUAAACCUCAAUUUGGUUUUUCCAAUGCAACUUUAAAAUACAAAGGAAUACAUUUUGGCAAAUCUUUGGGAAGACUAAAGUUACCUAUAAAGUCAGGGCCUGGUCCUGGACAGUAUGAUAUAGUUCAGAAAAAGACAUAUUAUGAAAAUAUUAACAUCAAGAAAGAUCAACCAAAAAAUUAUUGCUUACAUCUCCCACGACUUUAUGAAGAAAUAAUAAUGCAGGAGGCAAAAAAGGGAGUUCCAGGGCCUGGAAAAUAUGACAUUAAAAGUCAAUUUGAGAAGACUGAAAGUGUGACACCAAAUGUAAAUGAUGCAUCACAUGCUUUUCUUUCUCAAUCUCAGAGAUUUGUACCCUUGAAAUCAACCACCCCCGCUCCUGGCACAUAUAAUGAAACUCGAACUGCUUUUAAGCCCUUGAAAAAAACACCAAAAUCGAAAAAUACCCCAUUUGGUCAAAGUGCUACUCGAUUUCCACAGGACUCCAAGACAGAGGAAAUACCAGGUCCUGGGUCUUAUAAUAUCCUAAACGAUACUGUCAUUGAAAACUCUAGCAAAACGUGCUUAAAGAAACAAAGCAAAAGUGCAUUUGGGUCUUCUGCUCCUCGGACAUUCUUCUGGGAUCAGAAAGAAGCUUUUACUACUCCUGGGCCUGCUUCUUAUCAGGAUAUUUCAUCACCAGGCAGCUGUGAUGUUCAAAAGUCAUAUGUGAUGUCCCAAGUUCAACAUAGAUAUAUGCUACCUUAUGCUUUUGAGGAUAAAAUAAAAUAUACCUCCAUUCAUAACACAACUCCUAGGGACCUGGACAAAAUAACUGAUGGAACAGACAAGUAAGAUUGUAUUUUUAAAACUAUGGGGUGAAAAUCUAGGAUUUCCAUAUUAAAACAGACUAUUGUCAACAUA